AUGAAAAGGAAAACCGCGCCGGAAUACUCGAUCCUGUCCUUUAAACAUUAUCAAAAACAACUCAUAUUUUUCAACUUUAACUUAUUCUCCUCCUCAUCCCCCCCAGGCGCCUCCUCGGCAAGCCGCUACAACGAACUGUACAACUGGGUCAGCGGAAAAGCCUCCCCAGGAUUCCCCCAACCCGACGACUCCGGACCCCUGGAUGUGGACAUGCGUCUGACCAAAUUGGAUGUCGUUGAUGUGGACAGUGCCAACAACCUGGUCACUUUGAUUGCCAGAAGAAGGGUUCUGUGGGCUGACCGUAAUUUGGCCUUUGACGAGGCCACGUACAACGUAUCCUGUGUGUAUGCUGCGGCCACCAACAUCUGGACUCCUGACAGUACUUUCUACAACUCUGCUAGCCAGGAGCAUGUGUUGAACCGUGAGGUCAUCGUCUUUGCCGGAGGUGAGUUGCUGGAAAUUGAAAGAGUCCAGGUGUCCAUCAACUGUGACCUGAGUGGUGUGAACACCUACACUGGCGCCACCUGCCACCUCCAACUUGGCUCCUACGGUUUGGGAAAUGAGCUGUUCCAUCUCAGGGAGCCCAAGGACAACUGGACCUUCCAUCUGGAGUCGGCUUUCAACGGAGCCUCCCCCUACGAGCUUCUGUCUGGUGACGUCAGCAAAUCUGUGGAGCCCUACGCUUCCGGUGACCCCGAGCAGUUCUAUUACGAUGCUCUGACCUUCACCUUCAGCUUCAGAAGAAAGUAGGAUGGUCCAAAAUCUGGUGUGAGUUGAUCAACUCCUGUUUGUCUGAUGAUUGACUCUGAGCGUCUGUUUGUUUGAAUGGUGGAAUUUGUUGCAACAGAAUCCCAGAUGCAGAGAGUAUGUGUGGAAGUAGGGACAGAACAUGCAUUUCUUGAACUCACCAUGGUUAAGAACAUUUUUCUGAUGUCAACCAUUUUGAUUUGGAUCCCUUGAAAUAAACGAUACUUGUUUUCAUUUA